AGAGUAAGCUAGUCCAAUUUAAACGAUAUUUAAGCACUAGAAUCAUAACGGAAAGAUCUUUUUAUAUUGUUAGUGUAACUAAAAGAUCUUCUUCUAGCGAAAAUUAUUAUUUCCUUUUUAUUUCUUGUAUAUUUACAAAACUCUGAAACCCGUUAGAGGCUUCACCAAGAUUCAAGCAUCAAAGCCACUAUAUAUAUAUCACUCACACUUGUUAAUUAAUUAUCAGUAUUUGUUUCUUCAUCAUGAUGAAACCAUUUUCUCUAGUACUCGUUCUUGUCCUCUCAUCAUCUUUAGCAAGUGCAACCGCAUCCUCCUUAUUCUCGCCUCCACUUCCAUUUUCGCUCUCUUCCAUCUUCGGUGGGAUUAUCGGUAACAGUGAUAAUAGCGAGUUAGCUAGGAUGUGUUUUCCAGACCUAGGAGACGGAGAAGCCUGCGUGGCGGAAAUCUUCGGUUCAUUCUUUAGUCCUCAAAUUACGAUAGGACCAGAAUGUUGCAAGGCCAUUGUUGAGAUCGACGAAGACUGUGCUCAAGCCAUUUUUAAACCACUCAGCAAUUCUUUCUUUAGUAGUUCUGUCAAGCAGUAUUGCACUUACAUCAAUAGUUGAUUGAAUUUUCUUUAGGUUUACUUUAGUGCUUGUUUUGUUUAAUGUCUUUUAUUUGUUUCUUGUUUUCUAUGUUUUAUCAACACUCAACAGUAACUUCAUUUUAAUAAGUUUAAACAAAAUUUUGAAUUGGAAUAAUAUUUCACCGAAGGUGUUGGUACGUGUUCCAUCAAUCAAUG